GAUCAGAAAACACUCCUCAUGUUGUCUGUCAUUUUCAGUUUCCAACGGAUAAGAAAAUGCUUUCCCAAAAUCAAACUGCAGUGAUAGAAUUCAUUCUCUUGGGACUCACAGACAGCCCAGUGCUAGAGAAGAUCCUGUUUGGGGUGUUCCUGGUGGUCUACCUGAUCACACUGGCAGCAAAUCUGUGUUUGAUCAUACUCAUCAGGACCAAUUCCCACCUCCAAACCCCCAUGUAUUUCUUCCUUGGCCACCUGUCCUUUGUAGACAUUUGCUAUUCUUCCAGUGUUACUCCAAGCAUGCUGUACAGUUUCCUCUCAGACCAGAAGACCAUUUCCUAUGCCGGAUGCUUCACACAGUGUCUUCUCUUCAUUGCCCUGGUGAUCACUGAGUUUUAUAUGCUUGCUUCCAUGGCACUGGAUCGCUAUGUAGCCAUUUGCAGCCCCUUGCAUUACAGCACAAGAAUGUCCAAGAAUGUUUGCAUUUCUCUGGUCACCUUUCCUUACAUGUUUGGCUUCCUUAAUGGACUCUCUCAGGCAUUGCUGACUUUUCACUUAUCUUUCUGUGGCUCCCGUGAAAUCAACCAUUUCUACUGUGCUGACCCUCCUUUAAUAAUGCUGGCAUGCUCUGACACCCAUGUCAAAAAGAUGGUAAUGUUUGUAGUUGCUGGCUUUACUCUCUCAAGUUCUCUCUUCAUCAUUCUUCUGUCCUACAUUUUUAUUUUUGUGUCCAUUUUGAGGAUACAUUCUGUUGAAGGCAGGCACAAAGCCUUUUCUACUUGUGGGUCCCACCUGACAGCAGUCACCAUAUUUUACGGAACGCUUUUCUGCAUGUACUUAAGGCCUCCUUCAGAGAAAUCUGUAGAGGAGUCCAAAGUAAUUGCAGUUUUGUAUACUUUUUUGAGUCCAAUGUUGAACCCAUUGAUCUAUAGUCUAAGGAAUAAGGAUGUCAUCUGUGCUAUGCAGCAAGUGACCAAGGGUCAGUUCUUUAAAAGAACUGCAGUUUAGUUGUAUGUUCAUUUGUAAUCACUAAGUUUCUG